GAGGCGCCGGGUCUCCCGGACCAGAGGAGAAAGAUGGCGUCGCGGGGGCAGGGACCCGGGCUGCGCGGGCUCCUGGCGCCGCCGCUGCUGCUGCUGUUGCUGCCGCCGCUGCUCGCGCCCUGGCCGGCGGCGGCCCACGGCGGCAAGUACUCGCGGGAGAAGAACGAGCCCGAGCGGCCCUCGCAGCGCGAGCCGGCGGCGGAGUUCCGCAUGGAGAAGCUGAACCAGCUGUGGGACAAGGCCCGGCGGCUGCAGCUCUCCCCCCUGGACCUGUCGGAGCUGCACGCCGACCUGAAGAUCCAGGAGCGGGAGGAGCUCGCCUGGAAGAAGCUGAAGGCCGAGGGCUUGGACGAGGAUGGGGAGAUGGAAGCGAAACUGAUCCGCAGCCUCAACGUCAUCCUGGCCAAGUACCGGCUGGACGGCCGGAAGGACGCCCGGGAGCUCCGCAGCAACUCCCUCUCCGAGGGCCCCGAGCCGGACAGCCUGGAGGACCCCCGGCUGGAGAAGCUGUGGCACAAGGCGAAGACCUCCGGCAAGUUCUCCCGGGACGAGCUGGACAAGCUGUGGCGGGAGUUCCAGCACCACCGGGAGAAGGUGCAGGAGUACAACAUCCUGCUGGAGGUGCUGAGCAGGACCGAAGAGAUGCAGGAGAACGCCCUCAGCCCCUCGGACAUGCGCGGCCCGCAGGAGGAGGCGCUGCACAGCCGGCACGCCGACCUCAAGGACCGGCUGCGGCGCAUCAGCCAGGGCUACGACCGGCUGCGGAGGGUCAGCCACCAGGGCUACGGCGCCGAGGCCGAGUUCGAGGAGCCGCGGGUGAUCGACCUGUGGGACCUGGCCCGGUCCGCCAACUUCUCCGAGAAGGAGCUGGAGGCCUUCCGGGAGGAGCUGAAGCACUUUGAGGUGAAGAUCGAGAAGCACAACCACUACCAGAAGCAGCUGGAGAUCUCGCACCAGAAGCUGCGGCACGUGGAGCGGUUUGGCGACCACGAGCACGUGAGCCGGAACAAGGAGCGCUACGCCAUGCUGGAGGAGAAGACCAAGGAGCUGGGCUACAAGGUGAAGAAGCACCUGCAGGACCUGUCGGGCCGCAUCUCCCGGGCGCGCCACAACGAGCUCUGAGGACCGGCCGGCGUGGCCCACCCUCGGGGGCGUCCGCGUGAGCGGGACCCGGGACCAGCAGGCUGCUGCCCCGCACUGAGUGCUGAUUUGCUGCAGCGUCACUGCGGGGCCCUGACCCUCCACGGGGGCCGGUGGGAAGCCGUGGCAAUGAUGGUACUUGAUUCUCCGUGACCCGCUGCCCGUCUCUCACUGUGUUUGCCGCUCGGCCUCCCCCACCGUGGCUCCGGCACUGCCAGCUGGGAGGCCCCCCUCCCAUCCCGCCCCCACGCCGUCCUCCCUGGUGCCUGAGAGGAGGGAGGUGUUCUCAGCCUGCGGGCACCCGGGGGAGGGGCCUCGGGUGGUCUAGGGGCACCUUCCCCGUUGGCCCUGGAGGAAGCUCUGCCUUGUUGGAGGAACCCAGGCAGCGCGCUAGUGUCCGUGGGGACGGGGUGCCAGGAGGGGCCCCUUCCUGCUGGGGCUGUGCCGAGGUCAGUGCCAGGGGCCCAGAGCCGUGCCCUGUGCCGGCCAGUAAGAGGCCUGGGACCAGUCUGGGCCUGGGACAUGGAGGUGAGCAGAGGGGACGUGGGACUCAGUUUACCUGAGUUGCUGACAGCUUGUCUUCCGACCGGGUGGGUGGUGGUUCCUGCUCCAGGAGGAGAUGCUGAGGUGGGCGGGAGCGCGCAGACCGCCUCCAGCGUGUGUUGUCCCGGGACGUGGGGCCCCCCAGCACCCCCCACACUCCUGUAGCUCGCCACUUGGCUUGUGACCCCCACGUUCAGCUACUGAGCCCAGCCCCAGCGUGUGGGGUUUGGGGGUGGUCCUGGGGGUGAUUGGGCUGAGGAGGGAGCCCCACGGGGGGGGGGGGGGGGGGGCCUCUUCCUGCCGAGCGGGGUGGUGGCUUUCCAGACACCAGUCUGCUCCUCUUGGUUUCCCGCCAACAGGAAAGAAAUAAAAUUUAAGCCACCGGUGUGCGGUUUGGGUGUGCGCAUGUGUGCGGGUGUGGGCCUCUUGCCUUAGAUGCUGGCAGUGCAUGUAUGUGCAUGCGCGUGUGUACAGGUGUGUGCCUCUGUGCCUUAGAUGAUGCUGGUAGUGUGUGUGUGUGUGUGUGUGUGUGCGUGUGUGUGUGCGCGCCCGCACGUGCACACUGGCCCCGUCUCCGGAAGUGCCUGGUCUGGUGUCCCAUCCCGGCUGCCACUGGAGGUCACGCGCUCGCUGUGAGUGGGUGGGUGUGCGUCACGCUGGACAGUGAC